UGGUCGUAGCUGGAGUUGUUGGAAUUAAACUACCUAGGUAUUGUUUCUUUGGAGACACUGUUAACACAGCUUCAAGGAUGCAAUCGACUAGUGAGCCUGGCAUGGUCCAUAUAUCCAAAGUCACAAAGUGUCUACUACCACCAAAUGGAUACGUCUUACGAACUAGAGGAUUUGUGAAACUGAAGGGAAAAGGAAGCAUGGAAACAUACUGGGUCUUCGAAAAUAUCUAUACUGAAGAAGGCUACGUUGAUUGAAGGCAGAUAUCAAUAUUAUUGUAUAGUAU